GUCGAUGACUUUUCGAUGAAGAAGGAUGAGCUUGGAGGCCCCCAGUAAAAACACGAGAGUAAAUCAAGACGUGGAGCACGCAAUCGAGAUAAUCAGAUGGCUACUAAAGCCUCUGGGCUUGUGGCCAUCCAAUCGUCAAACGCCUAUCGAAAAAAUGACAAGCAUUUUCCUGAUGAGUGUCUGCACAUUUCUGCUGGGAUUUUUAAUAAUUCCGGGGAGUUUAUUCGCAUUUGUGAAGAUAAAAAAUCCAGCAGUGAGAGUGAGACUCACGGGUCCACUGAGCUUCUGCGUCAUGGGGAUCUUGAAGUACUAUUUUCUCUUCAUCGAGCGUCGGAAUAUCGCCACAAGCAUUAGACACAUGAUAGCUGAUUGGCAGAAAGCUGUUGCAGUACGUGAUCAUCGUAUUAUGCUGACAUAUGCACAAUUUGGAAGAUAUGGAUCAACAAUUUGCGCUGGUUUUAUGUACAGCGGAGGUCUGUUUUACGCUCUGAUAUUGCCAUACGUGUCCGUUGGUGGUAAAAAUGAGAAAAAUAUUACAAUCAGACCUCUCGCUUAUCCAAGUCAUUAUUUGCUGUUCGAUCCACAAGAAAGUCCUGCCUAUGAGAUUGUCUUCACAACUCAUUGUUUCUGUGCCUUCGUCAUGCAUUCAAUUACGAGUGCUACAUGCAGUCUUGCGGUGGUCUUUGUGAUGCAUGCCUGCGGACAAUUGGAGAUCCUGAUCAUGUGGUUGAAGGAUCUAGUGGAUGAAGGGGCUGGUAAGAGGUUUCCGAAGGUCAUUGAUCAACAUGUGAGAACUCUCGACUUCAUCAUUCGUACAGAAAAAAUACUCCGUGAGAUUUGCCUGGUAGAAAUUUGCGGAUGUACUCUAAAUAUUUGCUUCAUCGGUUAUUAUUUGAUGAUGGAAUGGGGAGAGGCAGAUGCCAUCGGAAUAACCACCUAUACAAUUCUUCUCAUCUCCUUCGUAUUCAAUAUUUUUCUCUUCUGUUACGUCGGAGAACUCCUUACAGAAGAAUGCAAAAAAGUUGGCGAAACAACGUACAUGCUGGAGUGGUACAGACUUUCUGAGAAAAAAACAGUGGAGCUGACCUUGAUCAUUUCAACAGCUCAGCAUCCUAUCACCAUCACUGCUGGCAGAAUGAUUGCCUUGUCUUUGAACAGUUUUUGUACCGUCAUUCGAACAUCAGUUGCAUAUUUAAAUCUUCUGCGAGCCCUCAUAGAUUGAAAUGUUACUAUUGCGUAGGAUUAUUGGAUAUUAAACAUGAACAGGAGAAUAAUUAUCUAAUUAUCUAAUUGUUAUUAAGAAGGAAUC